ACGUGACCUCACAGCUGAUUUCGUUGGAUGAAGUGUUUUGCUUUGUAGCCAUUUCUGGGUUAGCACCCCCGUAGGGUAGCAUAGUAGUCAUUGUUGACUUUUAACGGCGCUACUAUGGCACAGGCAGCGCAGACUAAUGCUUUUGAUGCAAGCAACUCUCCAAUCCGGGUGGAGCACGAUAAGAAGCGCCGGCAGUUUGUAAUAAGGCUGAAUGGAUCCCAUGAUCGUGCGGUUCUUCUGUACGAGUAUGUUGGCAAAAAGACGGUGGACCUUCAGCACACCGAAGUUCCAGAUGCUUACAGAGGGAGAGGAAUCGCCAAACACCUUGCCAAGGCAGCCAUGGAUUUUGUGGUGGAAGAGGACCUGAAAGCUCACCUGACCUGCUGGUACAUUCAGAAAUAUGUGAAAGAGAAUCCUCAGCCUCAAUACUUUGAACACAUUUACCAAUGAUUCUACAUGGCAGUGAAGAGAGGUGGCGAAAUGGACUCCAAGGAGAGAAAUACUGCGCAGCGGCAUGCUUUGGAGCUACAGGAUGAUACACAACAAAGGACCUUUCAGGCAUUGUUAAAACACAGCAUUGACUGAAUCCCGAGAAACAACUGAUCUCGUACCGUAGACGCCUGUGAACUGAACGUUUGACCGACCGGUCAGUUAGCGUGCAUAAAUGCGAGGAUACACACUCACCGCAGGCAGGAGGCGAAUUAGCCAAUCAUGACUUGUACAAACAAAGCAACCAAAGGUGAAGCCUGUUACCUCAGACAGAAACUUCCAGGAUCCAAUACUGACUUGAAGUAAAGGUUUAGUCAUAUAAUAAGAGCAGAUUUGAGUCAAAUGUUACAGUGUGUUGCAAAUUUCUGUCCUCACCUGGAUUCGGUGGUCAUGAGCAGCACUAUGAGAUGACCACCCCUGGUGUUUUUGUCUUUGGCUCUACUGAUGCUCAAAUGUUUGUUUGUUUGUUUGUUUUUUUUGUUUUUUUUAAUGUUUUCUUUUUCUUAUUUUUUACAAAUAUUUCAAUUUCCUUCCUCUUUUAGAAAUUGCGUUUCUUAGGGCUGACAUGUUAGUUUAGAAGGUUGUGUAUGCAAAGUGCAUAAAAACAUCGAUAUGAAAUAUUUUUUUUUCUUGUUGUUUACCGACAAAGCGGGAAAGCCAUACAUUUGGUAGGAUUUUAAACGUGCUCAUGCUAAUCUAUUCUAAUCUAAAUUUUACUAAUGUUCCUCCUCACAGAGCCUUGGUUUAAACUUCACUCCAUCCACUUUCAUUCUUCCACAUAACAGUAUGUGGAGUUACUGGAGUCAUAAUAUUGAUUCACUGAGUGAUCAAAGGUGCAGAACACAAACUGACAAUAUCUGACUGAGCCUCAAGAUAACCCUUGUCUCCACUGUACGUUAAAUGUUACAGACACUACUGAUAAAUGAGGUCUGAAGCCUGGCAUGGUGUGGUGCAACACUUCAGUGUGUGUGUAUGUAUAGAUAUCUCUGUUCGAACCAGCAACAAAAACAGCACUGUUCUAUUCAGGGCAUUCACAUUUAUGUGGUGUCAAACAGCCCUUUGUCCUGUCGUUUAGGAAUUACACUGGGUGGCUGUGGCUUUUUUUUUUUUUUUUAUGGUCAUUUGAUCCAUAUUUCCUCUGACCCGUAAGGCUUCUCUGCCCAGCUGAUGUCAAAAUGAUAAGGUCAUUUGUUAAUUUUUUUUUUUU